UGCGCUCUGAUUGGUUACAAUCUCAGCUAGCUGUCCGGGUUUGGCGGCUUGACAGCUGUCACCGGUACACCGAGGUCAUAAGGAGAGAAGCAUGGCUGCGUUGGCUAGAGCGUCUCGAUAUGUGUUCAGGUGGAAUAAACAAGUCGACCCUACCUUCGCGCUGUCAACACGAUCGAUGGCCUCGAAGACGCCCGUGGGAUUCGUUGGACUGGGUAACAUGGGCAGUCCCAUGGCCACAAACCUGUUAAAGAAUGGUUAUCCUGUCAUCGCCACUGACGUCUUCCCAGGAUCUUGCAAAGAGAUACAAGAUUUGGGUGCACAUGUGGUGGACUCUCCAGCAGACGUGGCUGAUAAAUCAGACCGCAUCAUCACCAUGCUGCCAUCCAGUCCCGAUGUCAUAGACGUCUUCACAGGCCCAAGCGGCAUCCUAAAAAAAGUGAAGAAAGGGACGCUGUUGAUCGACUCAUCCACCAUCGAUCCUGCUGUCUCUAAGGAGAUGUCAGUAGCUGCAGAGAAGAUGGGUGCUGUGUUCAUGGACGCCCCAGUGUCUGGAGGUGUCGGAGCUGCCAGUUUGGCCAAACUGACCUUCAUGGUGGGGGGGCCAGAGGAGGAAUUCAACGCUGCCCAGGAGCUGCUCAGCUGCAUGGGAGCUAAUGUUGUGUACUGUGGACAGGUGGGGACGGGACAGGCUGUAAAGCUGUGUAACAACAUGCUGUUGGCCAUUGGGAUGAUUGGGACUGCAGAAACCAUGAACCUUGGCAUCAGGUUGGGUUUGGACCCCAAGCUACUGGCGAAGAUCCUGAACAUGUCUUCAGGUCGAUGCUGGUCCAGCGACACCUACAACCCAGUUCCCGGGGUGAUGGAAGGCGUUCCUUCUGCCAACAACUACCAGGGUGGCUUCGUAACCACGCUGAUGGCCAAGGAUCUCGGUCUGGCACAAAACACCGCCACCAGCACGAAGACCCCCAUCCCUCUGGGCUCCCUGGCCCACCAGAUCUAGAGUCAUGGGCUCGCGCGGCUACGCUAACAAGGACUUCUCAUCCGUCUUCCAGUUCCUGCGUGAGGAGGAGGGACAGUGAAAGGAUGGGGGAGGAUGGUGGGACAGGACCGCUGUCAUAGACGUUCACACAAACCUCAGAACCACCCCUGUGUCCCUUAACCCAGAAUGCUCAGGAGAGACUCACGGCCUUGUUCCAGGAGCUGACGUCUAAUUAUCGUACUGGGUUCUGACACACGCGUCCUUGUUGCAUUAGAUAUAUAUUUUUAUAAUUCUCGUCACGGUGCUCUCUACAUGGAGAAAAUGCCAAAACGGACCUAUAAUUAAUAUUUAUGACAGGAAAAGUCGACUUUUCUCUGUUGUGUUUAGAACGGCCAGUUAACGAGGUGGAGCGAGGCUCUGCAGGUUUACACGUAACUAUGCAAACUUCUAUAAUGUUGUUCAGGGGCAUUUGAGGAAAGGCUCCAGGUAAAAGGUGCAGGUGUUGGACAGAUGUAUAACAGCGGAGGUUAUGAUGUGUGCUCAAAUGUGAGUAAACGGGUUUCCUGGUCUCUCUUCUCAUUUAAAGAGACGGUUUGACCCAACUCUGCUUCAGAAAACCCGGAGUGUCCCUUUAAUAAGUCAUAAUCCUCUAGCCCGUGUUGUAUGCUCCAACAUGCUGUGAAAUAAAUCCAGGUAUUUUUCUA